AUGUACGUUACAUACUCUUCUUUUGAAAUUUUCUCCGACCUGUUGUCACGUGAGUGUUUGUUGACGCUUGCGCAGCAGCGGCUUGGCUUUAAAUCAAUGGACGGUGUGCUAGGAUAAAUGACCGGGAUCACGAGGAGUUAGGGAAAACUUCCUUAUCUUUUGUAAUACUUAUACAUAAUACUUUCCCGAACGGAGUUAGUACCUGCUGUCCUGUCUGUAGGCCGCACAGUAAAACGCGUUUAAUACAGUCAGCUCGUGAACGGACACGAGCGCCACAGAAAGUCUCCCCAGGGAAGUCAGAUGAAAACACUUAGUGCUGUAUUAUACAUGUAGUAUUUAUUUAUAUGAUGGGUGUAGUAGUGAGGAAUCUACAGAGUGUGGUGUCUCUGAGACGCGCGAGACUGAGAGCAGAUGUCGAAACACUGAGACUGAUCUUCGGUGUCCAGAGGUUUGACAUGAGCGUCAUAUGCGUGGACAACCGCAAGAUACAGAGAAUAAACCACGUGUACAGGAGACAGAACCAACCCACAGAUGUGCUCUCAUUCCCUUUCCACGAGGACCUGAGGCCUGGCAAACUGCCGUACGCCCUCCACAGAGAUGAGUAUAAUUUAGGGGACAUCUUCUUAGGGGUAGAAUAUAUAAUCCAACAGUGUAAAGAGACAUCUCAGGACCUUCACGAGACCCUUGCAAUAGAUUCAUUUAUAAUGUACAGUUGUACGUCCUGGCUUCUCAUGACACAGGUGGUCACAGCACAUGGAAUCUGCCACUUACUUGGAUACAGACAUGAAACUGAGGAAGAGUGGAAUGAGAUGCUACAGAAGGAAAGUUACAUUCUCAGAGAGUUCAACAGGAUAACAGGCAGCCGACUGGAACCCCUCACAAAGAGAUGCACGUAACACAUGCACUAUGGCUACUGGAAACAUAUGAUUCUUGUACACUGAAAUGAACCCAAGCCACAUGUGUUUUUCUAAAUAAACUUUAUUUUAAAAUGUG